AAAUUAAGUUGCAAAGGUGAAUUCAAAACUCGAAAGCGUCGGAUGCUAUGUUCUUGUUGGUGUUAAGAGAGUGGCCUACUUGUUGAAAUAAUGGAUCAAUAAUUUCGAAACUAUGAAAUGACAAUCCAACACGAUGGACAGAUUGAAAAAAUGCUGGGAAGGAAUUUUACAAGAAAGAGAUAAUUUUUGGAGUUCCUUCUUCACUAAGUACCAAGAAGACAAAAAAGACGUGGAUUUUCGAUCUUAUUUGGAUAAUAGUUCGACAAGGAUUAAUACUGUGCUGGAACUAGCAGCUGAAGAGAAUAAAGAGUCUGCUGGGGCUUCGAAAGGCUCGGUUAAAAAAGUGAUACAGCACUUUGAAGAACAGUCUAGUGAGUCAUCAGAAACAUAUUCUAAUGAAGUGGCUACUUCAUUGAAUGAAAACCAAGAACAAGAAAACUUAAAAUCUGAUGAGCCUUCAGUAAUAUCAGUGAAGAAAACUGUGCCUACAUUAGUUGUGAAAGCUAUUCCAGCAAAGCAAAAAAUUGAUGCUCAAUAUUUGUUAACAAAGAACUCACCUAAUUCAGUCAACAAAUUAAUUUCCGAGUCUUCAAAGAGCUCAGAUUCUACAGUGUUACAGUACUUUAAAGAACAAUCUAGUGAGUCAUCAGAAAUAUAUUCUAAUGAAGUAGCUACUCCAUUAAAUGAAGAAAAAGAAGAACAAAAAGUUGAAAACUUAAAACCUGUCCAGCUUCCAGCAGUAUUAGUGAAGAAGAGUGUGCCCAGAUUUGCUCUGGAAGUUAAUCCAGAGAAAGAGAAUGCAAAAUGCAAAUCACAUUCACACAAAAAAUUCAUUUCUGAGGCUUUAAAGGGCUCUGAUUUUAAAGAGUUACAGGACUUAGAAGAACCAUCUAUUAGUGAGUCGUCAGAACCAUAUUCUCAUGAAAUAGCUACUCCAUUAAAUGGAGAUCAAGAAGAAACAAAAUUUGAAAUUCUGAAACCUGUCGAACUUCCAGUAGUAUUGAAGAAGAUGAGUGUGCCUACAUUUGUUCUGGAAGUUGAUUCAAAGGAAGAGAUGGCAAAAUCCUUGUUAUCAAGGAACUCACAUUCAUCAAAAAAAUUCAAACUUUUUGAAUCUUCACCGCAUCCCAAAGAAAAUGUUGAAGACUCUAUAAUUGAUGAUCAGCACCAAUCGUUUCCUAUAAACUGUAAUACCAAAUUUUUAAAUGAAAGCAUUGCGUCGACUCUCUCGGACGACGAUUCAUUCAAAAAAUCGAUUUGUCGUCGUUUAAAACCAACAAGGAAGAUUGUCCCGAAUCCCAAGAGAUUUAAGAUACUGUAACGCUUAAAUUUUACGUUUUAAUUGUGGACAGAUAUCUUACCCUAGAUUUUAAAUUUCACUUUCUUAUUGAAUAUGUUUUCGAAGAUUUCUUAUAAAUUCAGUGAUACCUAUUUUGUUAACGUAAAUUCCGAGGCGUUCACUGGGCAAUUCUCAGUUCAACAGCAGUGCCACCAGUUUUUGUUCACCACUCAUUUUUCUGUAUACGAAGUAGUACUCAAAUAUUUAGAAGAUGAAAACAUUCAAACUAGAAACUUAAAUAAUCGCACGGUCCCGUUCUGUAUGGCUUACCAGAUUGUAUUCGAAAAAAAUGUGCUUUGAAAAUUUGUCUUGACCAUCAGUUGCAUCAUAUUUAAAUCUUGGAAUAAAAUCAAUGAAACUGUG